AUGUCGGAAGAGAUUCGCGCAACAGAUACUAGUACGGCCGCCUUCAACGCAACCUCUGGCACUACCAACCCUACCGAGUCCGUCCAGUCUCCGCCUCCCGUUCUGGGUUAUGGCUUUCCCAAGCCUCAGGGUAAAAUCGAUGUCGAGGAAGCACUCAACCGGAAACCGCUUCGCUGGACCUUUCGAGGCCAGGUAGAAGCAAACAGGGCCCGGCCGGCUCCCGAGGUGCUGGAUCACCGGCGAGAAAAGGAUCUGGAACAAGCCAAGCAGGAUAUGCUCGAAAUGCAAGGUGCUCUGAGUCAGAGCAACAACUUCAAUUCCAAGUCGGGCUGA